AUGACCAGGAGACGAAAUGGCGCUGCAGCGCUAUGUCGUGCUCUGCUUCUCUCGCUCUCAACAGUAUUUGUUGCCGGACAGUCUCAGCCAGAUCAUACUAUAAGCUCUUUCAGCAAUCUACCCGCUAGGAUGUUCUUCUUUGAUGACACAGAGUCGGUUAUAUACCAUGAUUCAAUGCAAGGUGACGUGUAUGUGUCUUUGGAUGAGGGAAAAAGUUGGAAGACUGCCGAAGGCAUACCAAGCGGGAGAGUUUCUAUGGUCUUCGAGCAUCCUACAGACAACCGAUAUGCAUUUGCACUGACGGACGGCAAAACACACUACCGCACUCAAGACCGAGGCAAAACAUGGCGUCCUUUUGACGUCCCAUUGCCACCAGCACUCGUCCCUCGUCCUUUAUCCUUCCAUUCCGAUCCCAGCAAGUAUGGGUAUAUUCUUUAUCAAGGAUCGCAAUGCGACCGUCAAGGCUGGGGCGCUAGGUGCCACGACGAGACAUUCUACACGAAAGAAGCAUUCACGGACGACGUCAAACCUCUCCUCAAAGACGUUAGCCACUGUCAGUUUGCGCACAGCACGAAAGAUUUCAAGCACGAAGCACAUGAAGACCUCAUUUACUGCGUUGCGUUCGACUCAGAAUCAACAUCCAGCUCACACGAUCUCUCCUCCAGCCGUCUCUACUCCAGCACCGACUUUUUCAAAAGCGAGAAGAAUGUGGAGGAUCUGGGUAUUGGAAAGAAUGCGAAAGGCGUGAUAGCAUUCGCAAUAGUUUCCCAAUAUGCCGUCGUCGCGUUGAAGGACCUCUCAGCAGCGUCGACGGGGGAAAUGUUGUUGUACGUCACCGUCGACACGAAAACAUGGGCCAAAGCGCAAUUUCCACACGCGUCCUCGGCCACGCUUCGCGAGAAUGCAUACACCAUGUUGGAAUCGACCACGCAUUCCCUCGCCGUUGACGUCAAGCUCCAAGAACGGAAUUCGAUCGGCACGCUGUUCGUCAGCAACUCAAACGGGACAUUCUUCGUGGAGAGUCUCAAAGACACCAACCGCAACGAUGCGGGCUUCGUUGAUUUUGAGAAGAUAUAUGGAGUUGAGGGUAUUGGGCUGGCGAAUAUAGUUUCGAAUGCGCAGGAGGUCGAAGGUCGGGGUUCGCCGAAACGUUUGAGGUCGCUCAUCACCUUCAACGAUGGACGACAAUGGACACCACUUGCUCCACCGAAGGAGGACGUUGACGGAAAGAAGAUUGGAUGUGACACGUCGGAUCCUGAUCACUGCUCGUUGCACUUACACUCCGUCACCGCGCCACACAAUUUCGGACGCAUCUUCUCCUCUCCUGCUCCUGGAUUUGUGAUGGGUGUAGGUAGCGUCGGAGAGAGCUUGUUGCCCUAUACGGAUUCUGACACGUUCUUGAGUACGGACGGCGGAGUGUCGUGGAAAAUGGUCAGCAAGGGUGCGCAUAAGUACGAGUUUGGGGAUUUGGGCAGUAUUUUGGUUAUGGUUGACGACGAGGAUCCGACGGAUGAGGUCAAAUAUUCUCUGGACCUGGGCAAAUCAUGGCAAAAAUACAACAUUGGCGUCCGACUUACAGCUCGUGCACUCGUCACCUUGCCCGAUUCAACUUCACAAAAGUUUCUUCUUCUAGGAUCAGUCUCCAAAAAUGACCAAAAAGGGGAUAUCGGCAGGGUUGUGGUUGUCUAUCUAGACUUUGCAAAGACCAGGGGAAGGAAGUGCGGCAAUGAUGACUACGAGAAAUGGUUUGCGAGACCACACGAUUCUGAAUGUUUGAUGGGGCACAAGCAAUGGUACAAACGGAGAAAGGUUGAUGCGAAUUGUUACGUUGGAGAAAAGUUCAAGGAUCCCGUUACACACGAAGAGAACUGCAAAUGUACUGACGCGGACUACGAGUGUGACUACAACUUUGUCAAGGUUAAUGGCAAGUGCGAACCAGCCGGACCAGAGCCGAUUCCAGCAGGCGAGUGUGCUGGAGGUCCCGAAUCAACUUAUAUGGGAUCGUCUGGUUAUAGGAAGAUCCCUGGAAAUACGUGCGAAGGAGGAGUGGAAAAGGGCGAGAGAAUAAAGAAACCAUGCUCGUUAGCUCAGCCUGCCGAAGGGGAGAUAACUCAUACAUCCCAUCAGUUCCAUAGUCAGAUUGUGCAGCACGCUUAUUUCAAGGGAUCUCAGACCAUUCUGGUCCGGUUGAAUGACCACACGAUCUGGCAAUCCAGCAACGAAGGCUACUCGUUCCGACAGCUCUUCCCCGACGUCAAAUUCUACGCAUUUUACCACCACAAGUACUCGACGGACCGCGCUUACCUCAUCACUGACACCCGCACCUUUUAUUACACCACCGACACAGGCAAGAACUGGUUCCCGCGCGAGGCGCCCACACCGCCCAGCCCAUUCCCGAACCAAGUCAUCUCCUUCCAUCCACAAUCGGAGUAUCUCAUCUGGACAGGCAAUCGUGACUGCGACGGCAACAGUCUUAACUGCCACGCAGAGGCACAGUACAGUCGUGACAAUGGUCAUUCAUGGACGAUUAUUGAUGGUUAUGUUCGGAAUUGUGCUUUUGCAAAGGACAGAGAGUUGGAUGCGGAUCCGAGCGAGAUUCUGUGCGAGAGUUAUAGGGAUAAGAAGGGCAGUCAGAGGACACUGGAGGGAAGGAGUCCGCUGGAGCUUGUGGUUGGGCGGGACUUUUAUAGGGAGGGAGGGAGGAAGAAGAUGUUUGAUUGGGUUGUGGGCUAUGCCAAGUUUUCAGAGUUUUUGAUUGUUGCAGAGAUGAACACGGAGAAGAGGUCGCUUGGCCUGCAGGUUUCUCUAGACGGUGCUCAUUUCGCUUCAGGUCAAUUCCCGCCGAACUUGAACCCAGAGACUCACGCCUACACAGUCCUCGAAUCCAGCACCAAUGCACUCUUCCUGCAUAUGACCAUAUCAGAAGCGCCCGCGCCUCUAUGGGGUACCAUCCUCAAGUCCAAUUCGAACGGGACAUACUUUGGGAUAUCAAUCGAGAACGUCAAUAGGGAUAGGAACGGUUAUGUUGAUUUCGAAAAGCUCAUUGGUUUGGAUGGAAUUGCUUUGAUCAAUGUCGUGGCAAACCCUGACGAAGCUAAGAUAUCUGGGAAGAAGGUCAUCCAGAGUCGAAUCACCCAUAACGAUGGAAGUACCUGGACGCCUUUGAACCCGCCACUCCAUGAUUCUCAGGGACGAGAGUAUCCUUGUUCAGGGACAAAAUGUCAACUUCACAUCCAUGGAUAUACCGAACGCAACGACCCUCGAGCGUCCUAUAGUAGCCCCUCCAUUCCAGGUCUCGUCAUGGCCGUCGGCAACGUCGGCGAGUCCCUGGCACCUUAUACCGAGAGUGACACGUUCCUAAGCCGAGACGGCGGGUUCACCUGGCAAGAAGUACACAAAGACGCGCACCUCUGGGAAUUCGGAGAUUCUGGUUCGAUCCUCGUCUUAGCCAACGACGAAGAACCUGUCGACUUUGUGCUGUUUAGCACAGACGAAGGUCUGAAUUGGCGUCAGUACAAGUUCAGCGAGGAGAAAAUGCGCGUGAGGAAGAUUGUCACGGUCCCCGAGGAUACAAGUAGAAAAUUCAUUUUGAUGGGUGAGAUGUUGAAGACGUCUGGUACGGCGGUUGUGCAUAUCGAUUUUUCGUCGUUGACUUUGAAGCAAUGUGUUAUGAACAUUGAGGAUCCUGGACAUGAUGACUUUGAGCUUUGGAGUCCCAGCGAGGAAAGACCGGAGCAAUGUCUCUUUGGGCGACAGACUUUGUACCACCGUCGCGUACGUGAUGCAAAUUGUGUAGUCGGCAAUCAGCCCAAAGCCGCAGAGCGUACCGUCGAGCCAUGCGCUUGCACAAAGGUCGACUUUGAAUGUGAAUUCAACUACGUCAAAAACGCCAACGAUGAAUGUGUGCUUGUGCCCGGUACAACACCUCUACCAGACGACGACUCGUGCUCGAACGGCGAAGAUUUCUGGUACGAGCGUACGCCAUACCGCAAGAUUCCGUUUUCGAGUUGUGUGGAUGGAUACCGGCCUGAUCGCGGUGCUGAGCAUGUGUGUCCUGGGUUCAAGUCCAAGGGCGGAUGGUUCUGGUUCUUGAUGUUGCUCUUGCCGUUUGGAUUCACGGCGUUGGUGGCGUAUUAUUAUUAUCGCAAGAGCGGGCUCGCGAGGGGAACAAUCCGGCUGCCGGGCGACUCGAGACCUGCUUAUGGCGGCGACACGGGUGUGUUGGCUACGCUCGCGUCUGUGCCGUGGUUUAUCAUCGGGUUGGCGGGUAUCGCAUGGGAAUGGGUCGUCUCCCGCGCUGACACGCAUCUGUUCCGCUCAAGGAGGGGGUACAGAAAUGUGCCUAUAGACGAGGACGCCCAGAUAUUGCGCUUUGAAGAUGAUGAGUGA